GCGGAUUACGUCAGCAAGUCGGUGCGGAAGACAAGGAAAUAAAAACAUUCGGAGAAUAUAGGUUAGGAAAAGGCGAAACGUGAGCAGGUGACGGCUGUGCUUAUAGGGUACAUACGGUGAUUAGAAAGAAGACUUCAAGAGAUCACCGUCUGUGUGUAUAGAUCACCCGGUGUUCUCUUUUUUUCUCCUUUUCUGAGGAAGACUGGUUUAAAUUUUACGGACUUUUCUCAUUUUCAGUUACCUGCCCAUAAUGCUUGGGGGAGGAUUUAAGGCAGAGAGACUUCGUGUCAACCUGCGACUUGUCAUCAACAGACUAAAACUUUUGGAAAAGAAAAAAACUGAGCUAGCACAGAAGGCACGAAAAGAGAUUGCAGAUUAUCUUUCAUCAGGAAAGGAUGAGCGGGCACGGAUUCGCGUGGAACACAUUAUUAGAGAAGACUACCUGGUAGAGGCCAUGGAGAUCCUAGAACUUUACUGUGACCUUUUACUUGCACGUUUCGGCCUCAUACAGUCUAUGAAAGAGCUGGACCCUGGUUUGCAGGAGGCAGUCUCUACCCUGAUUUGGGCUGCUCCAAGACUGCAGGCUGAAGUGGCUGAACUAAAAAUUGUUUCAGAUCAGCUAUGUGCAAAGUACAGUAAAGAAUACGGAAAGCUAUGUAGAUCAAAUCAGAUUGGUACUGUCAAUGAUAGGCUCAUGCACAAGCUAAGUGUUGAAGCUCCGCCAAAGAUUCUAGUAGAACGCUACCUCAUUGAGAUUGCCAAAAACUACAAUGUGCCCUAUGAGCCUGAUGCUGUAGUAAUGAGUGAGGCACCUAUGGGUGUAGAAGCUGAUCUUAUUGAUGUUGGGUUUACUGAUGAGAAGAAAGGUGGCUCAGGAGGAGGUGGAGGUGGAGGAGGAUUCACUGCUCCUGCAGGAAUAGUUCCAAUGCCCAUGCCAAUGCCCAUGCCCAUGCCUCCUGCUCCAUUUAGUUACCCUCAGCCCAAGGGAGCUGAUGCAUUUGGUGGCCCUGCAGUUGGCAUCUAUCAGAGUUAUAACAAUUUUCAUCCUCCAGUUCCAGGAGGCCCACCUCCACAACUUCCAAGUGUCCCACCCACUUAUGAAUCUAUUGAGGACAUCUCCACUGAUAAAUCAGUUGCUCCUCCAAAAGCCACAGGCCCUGCAAUCUAUGAUAACAACGCACUCCCAGAGCUUCCUUCUGUUCCUGACACUCUUCCUACUUCCUCCAUUGGUGGUAACUCCGUUCCUUCAGAAGAUAUUGACUUUGAUGAUCUCUCCCGACGCUUUGAAGAGCUCAAGAAGAAAACCUAGACCAUAGAUCCCUCCUAGCCAUUUUCACUACUUCUACACUUCAUCACGAAGAGCGGUUUAUAAUAUAAACUCUGUAUAUUCUUCAGUUCUCUUGUAUCUUUAUAUAAAUGCAGUAUGGGUCAUGAAUCUCAGCAUAACUCCAUUGUUUGACGAAAAAGAAAGCAAAGGUGAAUGGCAAUAAGGUCUGAGCAUUCCCUAUAACUUAAAAGGUUUUAUAUUAUUCAUAACUGAAAAUAGUAUUGUCUUUUAAAUUACAUGGUAACAAAUAGCAAAUAAUGUGGUAAUUGAUUUUUUUUUCCUGGCCUUGUAAAAUAAAAUGUACACUAUGAUGUUUAAAAAAA